AAUCAACAAUCGGCUCUACUAACAAUCGUUAAGACUUUCAGCGACGAUAUCAAGAUGGAAUUUGGUCUCGACAAGUGUGCAAAAGGCACUUUUAAGAAAGGGAGACUGACCAAAACCACAGAUCUGCAUCUUGAUGAGGACACGUAAUCGACGAGCUUGAGCAAGAAAGCACAUACAAGUACCUAUGUGACAAUGAAGGAGAUGGUAUUCAACACUCAGCCAUGAAGGAGAAGAUAAGGAAAGAAUAUUACAGAAGAGUACGUAUGGUAUUGAAGACGGAACUUAACGCAGCUAACAAAUUUGAAGCCAUCAACACCUUAGCUAUUCCUGUU